GCCAUCGCGGUGACCCGGUCGGAAGCGGAAGGAGCGGGGGUCACGGAGCGGGCCCAUGGCGGCUGAGGCGGCCGAGCGGCACCUGGAGCUGCUGCGGGAGGAACGGGAGGCGGAGCUCGACCAGAGCAGGGCAUGGCAGGAGAGCGUCCCCCUGAAGGAGCUGCAGCGCAGAGGUGUGUGCCUGCUGAACCUCCAUGCUGCCAGCCAGAGAACCGGCCUCUAUGGGCGCCUGCUUGUGACCUUCCAGCCUAGGAAACACAGCCCAGAUGCUGAGCUGCCCUCCAACAGCUUCGGGCCUGGGGACAUCACCGGCCUGUAUGACACAGGCAGCCAGGGGGACCCACUCUGCACAGGCAUCGUGACACGUGUCACCCCCAGAGCAGUGACUGUCGCCUUUGAGGACUCUCAGGACACGCUGAGCCUGGACCACGAGCGCUCCUACCGCCUGCUCAAGCUGGCCAAUGAUGUCACCUACAACAGGCUCAAAAAGGCUUUAAAUGCACUGAAGCAGUAUCGGGGAGGUCCAGCCUCUGACCUGAUCGAUGUGCUCUUCUUCUCUGCUGAACCCAGAGCAUUCAGUGAAACAAAGCCUCUGCAGCUUUACAACACCUCACUGGAUGCAUCCCAGAGGGAGGCUGUCUCCUUCUCGCUGGCACAGAGGGAACUUGCCAUCAUCCAUGGACCACCUGGCACAGGAAAGACCACAACACUGGUAGAGAUCAUCCUGCAGGCAGUACAGCAAGGCCUGAAAGUCCUGUGCUGUGCCCCCUCCAACGUUGCAGUGGAUAACCUGGUGGAGAGGCUGGCUGGGCACAGCGUGCGCAUCCUGCGGCUGGGGCACCCUGCUCGCCUGCUGGAGCCCAUCCAGCGCCACUGCCUGGAUGCGGUCCUGGCUCGGGGUGAUGCUGCCCAGAUCGUGGCUGAUAUCAGGAAGGACAUCGACCAGGCCUGUGCUAAAACCAAGAAGGCUCAAGACAAGGGGGAGCGGAGCCACUUCCUCAGUGAGAUCAAGGCCCUGAGAAAGGAGCUGAAGCAGAGAGAAGAAGCAGCCAUGGCUGCAGCCCUCACCCAUGCCAGCGUUGUCCUUGCUACCAAUACAGGUGCUUCUUCUGAUGGCCCCCUGAAGCUGCUUCCUGACAACCACUUUGACCUCGUGGUGAUAGAUGAGUGUGCUCAGGCGCUGGAAGCCAGCUGCUGGAUACCUCUGCUGAAGGCUCCUAAGUGCAUCCUAGCCGGGGACCACAAACAGCUUCCCCCCACCAUCAUCUCCCACAGGGCUGCUGCCCAGGGCCUUGCCCUCAGCCUGAUGGAGCGGCUCCUGGACAGCUAUGGGCAGAAGGUGGUGAGGAUGCUGACGGUGCAGUACCGCAUGCAUGAGGCCAUCAUGCACUGGGCUUCCUCCGAGCUCUACGACGGCCGCCUCACUGCGCACCCCACUGUGGCCCAGCACUUGCUCAAGGACCUGCCAGGUGUCACCUCCACAGAGGAGACCACAACUCCCUUGCUGCUUAUAGACACUGCUGGCUGCGGCCUGUUUGAGCUGGACCUGGAAGAUGAACAGUCCAAGGGCAAUCCAGGGGAGGUGCAGCUGGUUGGUCUGCACAUCCGAGCCUUGCUGGAAGCUGGUGUGAAGGCCAAAGACAUCGCGGUGAUAGCCCCAUACAACCUGCAGGUGGACAUGCUGAGAGAGCACCUUGGCCACAGCUACCCAGAGCUAGAAAUCAAAUCAGUCGAUGGUUUCCAAGGGAGAGAGAAAGAGGCAGUGAUCCUGUCGCUGGUGAGAUCCAACAGGAAAGGUGAGGUUGGAUUCCUGGCCGAGGAGCGACGGUUGAACGUGGCAGUGACCCGUGCCCGGCGCCACGUGGCCCUGGUGUGUGACACGGGCACAGUGGGCAGGCAUCCGGGGCUGCAGCGCCUGCUGACCCACACCAGCCAGCAUGGGGACGUGCGCUCGGCCUUCGAGUACCUCGACGACCUCGUGCCCCAUAGCUGCCCCACGGAGGGGCAGAGCCGGCGGCAGAGGGGGCAGAAGCUGCCCAAGGCACCCGGCACCAGGGCACCGGUGGCACCGAGGCACAGGACAGUGGUGACCGUGGCACAGAGCGGCACCAAUGGGGCUGGAAGGGAGAGCCCAGAGACAAGAGGUGGUGCUGAGGGCCUGAGGGCUGUGCUGGAGGCCUUCCUGGAGAGCGGUGAGACCCACAUGGACUUCCCCCCCUCGCUCAAUGCCCACCAGCGGAUGCUGGUGCAUCAGAUGGCCGAGGAGCUGGGGCUGCAGCAUGGGAGCAGUGGGGAGGGCAGGGACCGGUUCAUCAGCGUCCGCAGGAAGGAGCCCCCGGAGCCUGCACUGCCUGCACAUCCCCUUCCUCAGCCUCAGCAUCCCCUUCCUCAGCCUCAGCAUCCUCUUCCUCAGCCUCAGCAUCCUCUUCCUCAACCACAGCCUCCCAGCAGUGACAGCCCUGCCCCUGCUGAGCCAGGAGGGAGCAACCAGGGCUCAGGGAAAGUGAACCUGAAAGCCCUGCACAUGGAGAGAGUUCAGAGGGAUAAAGCCAGACGGGAAGAGGCAGCGAGGAAGGCUCAGGAGCCCAAGGCCAGCAACAGGAAGAAAGACAAAGGUGAAGGCAAAGGCAAACCAGCAGAGGCAGAGGAAGACUUCGAUGCCCUGAUCUCUGCUGCAGUGAGAGCUGACAACACGUGUGCCUUCCCCCGCUGCAAAACCAGCAUCACCAGUAUGGGCCAGCUCUGCCACCACUGCCAGCGCCGCUUCUGCCUCAGCCACCACAUCCCGGAGGUUCACGGCUGUGGGGACAAGGCCAAGGCCCAGGCUCGGCAGCGCAUCCAUAGGGAAGGGAUCCUGUAUCCCGGCAGCGGCUCCAAGGACCAUUCCCUGGACCCAGCCAAGAGAGCCCAUCUGCAGAGGCGCCUGGACCAGAAGCUCAGUGAGCUCACGAGCCAGAGGAAGAGCAAGAAGAGGGACAAGGAGAAGUGAAGCAGCUCAACAGCUUUAAAGCCUUUAAGUCAUGGCUUAGGCUGUGACAGCCAAAGAUGCUGCUGAUGCUUCAGAGGGAAGAGCCUGGAGCCAUCGGGCAUCACUAAAGGGUGUUUGGGUCUCACUGCA